CCCGUCCCCAGCUGUCCUGCCGGGCUGGGUGGAUUUUGUGUCUUCGGCAUCUCUCUCGGCUGAGCACGAGCAGCCCGGGCGGAAGGGGAAGCCAUCACCGCCCGCGCACGGCCGGGGAGGAAGGGGGCCUUUGUUCGCCCUUCCUGGCCACUUGCACGGUGGGGGAGCGGCGGCCGCCCCGGCGGGGUCCCCGGGGACGUGGGGACACAUGGGGUCAGCGAGCCACAGCCCGUGGUUCAGCCCGACGCCCUCUUCCCGCUGCCGGCCUCGAGAGCCAACCUCUGCAAAAACCAUUUCUUGCCGAAAGCUGACGUGUGCUGGAUGCGGGGUGUUUGGGUGUCCCCACCCCUCCCCUCCCCACCCGUGACACCCACGUCCCCACCAGGUUCUCGGUGAAGACCCUGCUGGAGAAAUACACGGCGGAGCCCAUCGACGACUCCUCCGAGGAGUUCGUUAACUUCGCUGCCAUCCUCGAGCAGAUCCUCAGCCACCGCUUUAAAGGCCCCGUCAGCUGGUUCAGCUCGGAUGGGCAGCGUGGGUUUUGGGACUACAUCCGCCUGGCCUGCAGCAAGGUCCCCAACAACUGCGUCAGCAGCAUCGAGAACAUGGAGAACAUCAGCACCUCCAGGGCCAAGGGCCGGGCUUGGAUCCGGGUGGCGCUGAUGGAGAAGCGCAUGUCCGAGUACAUCUCCACGGCCCUGCGGGACACGCGGACCACCAGGCGGUUUUAUGACGACGGGGCCAUCAUGCUGCGGGAGGAGUCCACAGUGCUCAUGGGGAUGCUCAUCGGGCUCAGCGCCAUCGACUUCAGCUUCUGCCUGAAGGGCGAGGUGAUGGACGGUAAAACGCCCGUGGUCAUCGACUACACGCCCUACCUGAAGUUCACGCAGAGCUACGACUACCUGAGCGAGGAUGAGGAGCGGGGCAGCGUGGAGAGCAGCACGAGCGAGGACAGCUCUCCCGAGCACCCCUACCUGCCCCUGGUCACUGACGAGGACAGCUGGUACAGCAAGUGGCGCAAGAUGGAGCAGAAAUUUCGCAUCGUUUAUGCCCAAAAGGGGUACCUGGAGGAGCUGGUGCGGCUGCGGGAGUCGCAGCUGAAGGACCUGGAGGCGGAGAACAAGCGGCUGAAGCUGCGCCUGGAGGAGGUGAUGGUGCAGAACCAGCUGGAGAAGAGGGAGCUGGAGGGCGUCAUCCUGGAGCUGCAGGAGCAGCUGACGGGGCUGAUCCCCUGCGAGAACCCGCAGCUGACCCAGCUCUCCAAGGAGAUGGUGACACCCCUGGUGAACCAGUGGCCCUCGCUGGGGACCCUCAACGGCAACGAGAGCGGCUCGGACGGCAAGCUCUACAGGAGGCACAGCUUCGUGAGCACCGACCAGCUCUCGGCCGAGAACAGCCUCAGCUCCGACUCCCAGCGCCUGGGCGAGGGCAAGCGCGAAGGCGAGCCCUGGGGGCCCUUGGGGAAGGACCCCACGCCCUCCAUGCUGGGGCUCUGCGGCUCCCUGGCCUCCUUGCCCAGCUGCAAGUCCCUGGCCAGCCUCAAGUCCAACGAGUGCCUGGUGAGCGACAGCACGGAAGCCAGCCCGACCCGCAGCCCCAGCUGAGACCCCCGGCCCCCUCGUCGCCCCCCGGCCCGGCCACCCGGCCCAGCGUCACGGCGGAGGACUGACCUCAUGUAACACCCCCCCUCCCCAAAUUCCCCAACCCUUGCUGCCCCAGGACCGACGAGGGACUCGCCGAACCCACCGGGGAGGCCAGGGAUGGGUGUCCCCUCUCACCCCCCCCCGGCUGUGCCUCGGACCCCCAGCCCGCUCCCUGGCUGGAGACAUGGACCUGUUGGGAUGGGUGGGGGAUGUUGACCUGGGACCCCUGCGAGCUGGGGAUGGGGGGGGAGAUGAACUGUGCCAUGGGGGGGACGCUGUUGGGGGGUGAAGGAAGGGGUCAGGGCCAAACCCCCCCCCGGGGUGAGGGUCCAGGCACAGCCCUGGUGUCUGUCCCACUCAGCCCACGGGCACCGCUCUUCCCUGGGGGGCUCACCUGGGCUUUGCCUGCCCCCAGCCCCCCUGUGCUGCAGGGGGGCUGGCCUGUCCCCCCCCCCUCGCAGCAGCAUCCCCAUGAUAGGGAUAAGCAACCCCCCCCACACCUCCCUCUUUCCAUCCUUCUCUGGGUUUUGGGUUGUUUUGGGUGUUUUUUUCGGUUUUUAAUUCAGCCCCAUCUGCCUUGUUGGAGCAAAAGGAAUCAAUAAAAUCAGCAAGUCGA